GUGGAUCUGGAGAGAGCUAAGGAACGAAGUAGCGUCUACAGUGGGAAGCUUCAACUCAACACCAAGAUUCACCAUUGUCCCUACUGCGGCUACUCCACCAUUAAGACUACAAACCUUAUAAGACACAUCCAUACCCAUACAGGUGAAAAGCCCUUUGCCUGUCCUCACUGCCCAUUUCGAGCUACUCAAGAAGACAAUCUAAAGCGACAUGUGCGAACGCACACUGGAGAGAAGCCCUAUGCCUGCUCUCUCUGCUCAUACAGAUCAAGGCAACAAAGUAGCCUCAAGAGACAUGUGUAUACACAUCACAACUAAGGUGUCAGUGGACCACAACACCCUUGGCACCUCCGAGGGCAGACCAACAAAGACCAUAGGGAUUGCCGAGGCAAUAGGAGCUACAGGCUGCAAGAAUUUCUCCUCUGCUACUCCCAAGAUCCGAUCCUGCCCC